AUGUCUACAACACCUAUCGAUUAUGUGCAUGCAGACAAGAUGAGUUUAUUGCAACACCAGUUGCCUUCGCCAUCUGAAGAUUGUACACAAACAUUCAGCUUCCCUUCACCUACAUCAUCAAACGCCUCAUCCAUUGACAGCGGUAGUAGCCCUAACACGUCAAUGUUUUUCGACCCAAAUGCGUUCCAAAAUUUGCCCAUGUCGGUGUUGCAGUCGAUCACUGCACUUUACCAACCAACUGAAGAGCUUGCACAUUCGCCUGUUGUUGCUCAACCCAUGUCGACAACGCCCUAUUUUGACGACAUGGCAAUGAUGGUACCUGCCACGCCGCCACUGUUACCUCCGUCAUCUAGUGCUAUCAACACUACCCCUUCUACUUUUGAAUCAACCCCUCCACCAUUGGCAUCAAGCGCCACAGCUACUGCCACAACACCUACUACUCAUCAACAACACCAACAACAGGAAAAACCAAAGAAUUCACGCACACCACGACAGCUUGAAUGUUACAAUUGCCAUGUCACGAAAACCCCUUUGUGGCGUCGCACACCCGACCGUGCUCAUUCAUUGUGCAACGCUUGUGGUCUCUAUUACAAACAAUAUGGCAAUCAUCGUCCAUUGCAUAUCCGCCAAAAGCAGUCGUCAUCAUCAGCAGGAGCAGCUUCUUCCACAGGAUCCAAGAAACGUUCCCAUGGUGAUGCCAACAUCCACAAAAAGCAAGAUGACAAUGACUUUGGCCUAUUGCAAAAGUUUUUACAGCAAGAGAAUAGCCAACAAUGUGCCAAUUGCUAUCAAACGACCACACCUCUUUGGCGGAAAAAUGAGCUAGGUGAAUCCGUUUGCAAUGCCUGUGGCCUUUAUCAGAAACAUCACAACAAGAGCCGACCUUUGGAUGCGAUGCAACAACAACAGCAACAGCAAUGCAAACGACGUCGCCCACUUUUGCCUUCAGAGGAUGAUGACAACACCGAUUCACGUUUCAGGGAGCUCUUGGAUCGUAUGAAUCCUGAACAAAUGCAAAGUUUCCUCGUGAUUCUCGAACGACGAUGUGCUCUUUUACGAUCCAUGCUCUCUGGUGAAGAACAAUUAGCACACCAUCAUCACCACCAUCAACCUCCCACUCCAGCAUCUUCAUUAGCAUCCUCUCCUCACCACCAGCCAUCAUCAUCAUGCUAA